CACGCUCGGUCCGCUGCCCUGCGCCCGCUCUGCACGCCAAAGCCUUUUCACUUGAGCCCGCCUGGCGCUAACUAAUGUUUAACUCGGGCCGAAACUUGGCGGCGAGCGCAGGGCGACUGCGUGCAGAGCAGAGGCGCAGGACGUCCGUCUCCGCGCGGUAAUUUCUGCCUGCGCUCGAACACCAGAGCUCAGUUCAGAGGAGCCGCCCGACCAUGAAGACACCAUGGAAGGUUCUCCUGGGACUGCUGGGUGUAGCUGCGCUUGUCACCGUGAUCACCGUACCAGUGGUGCUCCUGAACAAAGAUGAUGCGGCAGCUGAUAGCCGCAGAACUUAUUUGCUAGCUGAUUAUUUAAAAAAUACAUUUCGAAUCAAGUCCUACUCCCUGCGGUGGGUGUCAGAUUAUGAAUACCUCUACAAACAAGAAAACAAUAUCUUGCUAGUCAAUGCUGAACAUGGAAACAGCUCCAUUUUCUUGAAGAACAGUACCUUUGAAAGCUUUGGAGAUUCUAUCAGUGAUUAUUCAGUGUCGCCUGACGGACGGUUCGUCCUCUUAGAAUACAACUAUGUGAAGCAAUGGAGGCACUCCUACACAGCUUCAUACAGUGUUUAUGACUUGGAGAAAAGACAGCUGAUCACAGAAGAGAAGAUUCCAAAUAACACACAGUGGAUCACAUGGUCACCAGAAGGUCAUAAAUUGGCUUAUGUUUGGAAGAAUGAUAUCUACGUUAAAAUUGAGCCAAACUCACCUAGUCAGAGGAUCACAACGUCAGGAAGCGGAGAUGCAAUAUAUAAUGGGAUAACUGACUGGGUUUAUGAAGAGGAAGUCUUCGGUGCCUACUCCGCACUGUGGUGGUCUCCAGACAGCACUUUCUUAGCAUAUGCUCAGUUUAAUGACACCGGAGUCCCACACAUUGAAUACUCCUUCUAUUCUGAUGAGUCAUUGCAGUACCCUAGGACUGUGUGGAUUCCCUAUCCGAAGGCAGGAGCUGUGAAUCCAACUGUAAAGUUCUUUAUUGCAAAUAUAGGCUCUCUCAGCUCAACCUCUAGUGUAGUCUCCAUCCAAGUUCCUGCUCCUGCAUCCGUGGAGAAAGGGGAUCACUAUUUGUGUGACGUAGCAUGGGUUACAGAAGAGCGAAUUUCUCUGCAGUGGCUCAGGAGGAUUCAGAACUUCUCUGUGAUGGCCAUCUGUGAUUAUGAUAAGACCAAUCAAACGUGGAACUGUCCCGUGGCACAGCAGCAUGAUGAGAUGAGCACGACGGGCUGGGUCGGAAGAUUUAGGCCCGCAGAGCCCCACUUCACCUCUGAUGGUAACAAUUUCUAUAAGAUCAUCAGUGACAAGGAGGGCUACAAACACAUCUGCUACUUCUCCAAAGACCAGAAAGACUGCACAUUUAUUACCAAAGGAACCUGGGAAGUCAUUGGGAUUGAAGCUCUGACCAGUGAUUAUCUGUACUACAUUAGUAACGAAAAUAAAGAAAUGCCGGGAGGAAGAAAUCUCUAUAAAAUCCAACUUACUGACCCCACAAAUGUGAAGUGUCUUAGUUGUCACCUGGAUCCGGAAAGGUGUCAGUAUUAUACGGUGUCAUUUAGUAAAGAGGCAAAGUACUAUCAGCUGAGAUGUUUGGGCCCUGGUCUGCCCCGCUAUACUCUGCACCGUAGCGCCGAUGAUACAGAGCUACGAGUCCUGGAAAACAAUUCUGCUUUGGAUAGCAUGCUGCAGAAUGUCCAAAUGCCUUCAAAAAUAUUGGACUCCAUUACUUUGCAUGGGACAAAAUUUUGGUAUCAAAUGAUCUUGCCUCCUCAUUUUGAUAAAUCCAAGAAAUAUCCUCUCCUCUUAGAAGUAUACGCCGGUCCCUGUAGUCAAAAAGCAGAUGCUGCCUUCAGACUCAACUGGGCCACUUACCUUGCAAGUACAGAAAACAUCAUAGUAGCUAGCUUUGACGGCAGAGGAAGUGGUUACCAAGGAGAUAAGAUCAUGCAUGCUAUCAACAGAAGACUGGGAACAUUAGAAGUUGAAGAUCAAAUUGAAGCAGCCAAAGAAUUCGUAAAAAUGGGAUUUGUGGACAGCACCCGGGUUGCAAUUUGGGGCUGGUCAUAUGGAGGGUACGUCACCUCGAUGGUCCUGGGAUCGGGCAGUGGUGUGUUCAAGUGCGGAAUCGCCGUGGCACCUGUGUCACGGUGGGAGUAUUAUGACUCUGUGUAUACAGAGCGCUACAUGGGUCUCCCAACUCCAGAAGACAACCUUGACCAUUACAGGAAUUCAACAGUCAUGAGCAGAGCUGAAAAUUUUAAACAAGUUCAGUACCUCCUUAUUCAUGGAACAGCAGAUGAUAAUGUUCACUUUCAGCAGUCAGCUCAGAUCUCCAAAGCCCUGGUGGAUGCUGGUGUGGAUUUCCAAGCAAUGUGGUACACGGACGAAGACCACAGCAUCGCCAGCAGUGCAGCUCACCAGCACAUCUACACCCACAUGAGCCAUUUCCUCCAACAGUGCUUCUGCUUGCAGUAGCCCGGCAAAGCUCCUGCAGCUUAUUUAAAAACACGUUUGUUCUCAUUAUCUCAAAGCUGCACUGUCAAGAUGACGAUCUCAAUAAUGCUCGCACUGAGGAAUUCCAGGCUGCUUCCCAGUUCCAUACCUGCAGUCCUAGGCAAGGAUGUCUGUCUUUACAACAGAUUCUACCUUAGAGCCAUUUGGAUUUUUCACUCUGUUUUGUUUAUCAUUUCAAAUUAUUUCCACAUCAGCUGCUGAAACAACAAAUAUAAAUUAUUUUUACAAGAGCUCUGCAUAGAUUUCCUGAGAAGAAUUUCAUUUUUUUUCCAUACUAGCCUGGUCCAAAUCUUGUUCCCUUAAUUAAGGGGCUGACAAGAUGUGGGCAAUGAUGCCAUUAGGGCAGGGCGAGGAGAUGACAGAGCAUGGCUGGAAAGGCAGGUCCAAGCAUACCCACCCACCCAGGCUACUGUCAGCUCGCCUCAAGAAGUGCUGUUCACUGCCAGACUGGCACAGGUUUCUGAGAAAGACUAUUCAAACAGUCUCAGGAAAUCAUAUAUGCAAAGCGCUGACUUCUCAGUAAAACCACAGCAGUUGAAUAGACUCCAAAGAAAUGCAAGCGAAACUGCCAGCAAUGCAAGGCCCCCAGGUGCCAGUUACGGCUAUAGGUGCUACAAAAACACAGCAAGGGUGAUGGGAAAGCAUUGUAAAUGUGCUUUGAAAAAUCACCGACGGUUCCUAGUGAAAAGAGGCAGCUUGGAACAUACCGACUUGCCCUGUUAAAAGUUGAAAAUAUUUGUGUCGCAAAUUCUAACAUGAAGGAAUGCUUGCAUCGGUUUUUCUUCAUUUCUUUGAGCAUGUUAAUUAAAAUAUUUUAACUUCAUUGGCUUUAUGAUGGAAAAUGAAGGAGAAUGGUGUGUGCUAUUAUUUCUAUUCGCCACACUAGAAUUCUGACUGGUCAUUUAGUAAAUAUGCUUCUGUUUUUCAGAGGUAAUGGGUUACAUCGUGAAUCAAACUUAAACGGCAUUGACAUAUGGACACAUUUGUUCAAAGGUUCUUGUUUAACUUGUUAGAAAUCCAAGGCUGUCUUGUAAACAUGGAAGGAAUUCAGCUUUUUUUUU